AAACGCUCCUGUGUGCUGUAGUGCCAGACACAGGCACCCAAGCUAGGGCCAUCCGCGGCCCGCUUGAGCCAGUGACAGACUAGAAGUCGAUGUGUACUCUUGUGUCUCUUGUAGUUGCCUUCUAAAUAUGGUUUCUCGGUCGUUACCUCAUCUACAUUUUGACGUCCCUCGUUGAUAAGUAUGCAAGCAACACCAAUGAUGUGAUUUUGCAACGCCAGUGAAUAAAUCGCUUCCAGUUCAUCACUUUAUGAACAAUGUGGUUAUACUGUAGCUGACUCUUAAGAAGGUAUUGGUAUCAUUAUGGCGAUUAGUCGCAACUUUGUCUUAACUCUUGGAACUGGGAUGUUCUGCGGCUUCUUCUCCUUCUAUCUAUUAAACUCCACUGUAACCGUGCACCCUCACUAUAUAGAGGGAAUUAGCCCACCUCGUGAUGUUGAAGGCCAUGCUCAUAGUCAUGCCGAGCUGGAGAAUGCUGCGGGCCCUUUGGCCAGUGUGUCCAUGCAUUCCAACAAUGAACUUCAUCAUGCAGGUGAAGCCACCCAGGCUGAAGAUCUGAGGGAUAAGGUGCGUGUUCUUUGCUGGAUUAUGACUAAUCCAAAGAACCAUGAAAAAAAGGCACGUCAUGUAAGAGCAACAUGGGUAAGAAGAUGUAACAAGUUCAUCUUUAUCAGCUCUGAAGAAGACAAGGACCUUGAUAUUGUUGGAUUGAAAGUAGGAGAAGGCCGUGAUCACCUCUGGGAGAAAACGAAGGCUGCAUUUACAUAUGUUUACAAUAACCAUCUUAAUGAAGCAGAAUGGUUCCUUAAGGCUGAUGAUGAUACGUACACCAUUAUUGAAAAUUUGCGUUACAUGUUGAGCCCUUAUGACCCUUCUCAGCCUAUAUAUUUUGGGUGCCGUUUCAAAAAAUACAUGAAAGAUGGCUACAUGAGUGGAGCAUUCCUAAAUCAAAUGGCACCGAUAACUAAGUUCAUCGAUAAAAUUGUCCCCAUACUCCAUGCCCACCAGGAAUACAUGAGUGGAGGUGCUGGGUAUGUACUCAGUCGGGAGGCACUUCGAAAGUUUGUAGAAGAAGGCCUUCCAAAUAAGAAAAAAUGCCGUCAGGAAAGCAAUGGUUCAGAAGAUGUUGAAAUGGGCAAAUGUUUGCAAAACCUUGGAGUGAAACGUGGUGACUCUAGGGAUAGCCUGGGACGAGGUCGCUUUUUCCCAUUUGUUCCAGAACACCAUUUGGUGCCAGGUCACAUAGGGCCAAAGAAUUGGUACUGGGAUUGGAUCUACUACCCAUCACAAGUUGGUUUUGACUGCUGUUCUGACACUGCAAUUUCCUUCCAUUAUGUACCACCUAACAAGAUGUAUGAACUGGAGUAUUUAUUAUAUCAUCUACGUCCGUACGGUAUAGUUCACAGAGAUCCUUUCCCACCUCCUCUUCCACCUGACAAGAGUAGCAUUCCAAAAUCGGUACUGGAGGAAUAUGAAAAGAAAGAAGCAGCAAUCAGACAGAGCAAAUCUUUACAAAUCUUAGAAGCCAAAAGCAGCAAAAUUCCUGAAGUUUCAACCAAGGCAACUAUAAGUCAAGUUGUAAAAGGAACUGAAGGAGAAAAUAAGACCACACAGUAAUUAAUCUUUUAUAUAAAAUGAAUUUAAGUGUAAGUACAUUUUUAUAUUUUUCACAUUUUAAAGUUUUAGUUAAUUUUAUAUAAGAAUUACAUAUUUGGGAUAUAGUGUGAUAGUGUAGUCUAAUUUCCUUAGAAUGUUUUCAAGUUCCUUAUAUUCUUUCCUUUAUUCUGAAUCCACAAAUGCAGUUAUAUUCUUUUUGAUGAAGCUAAUUGGUAUAUUUGCAUCAAGCAUUUUUUUCUUUUGCAAUUGUAGCUACAAAAAAUCAUUAUGGCUAGUGUUUUGUUUUUGUUACAGUCUGUGUAUUCCUAAUACGUAGUUGGCAUCUAACAACCAUAAAGUAUAGUCUCUUGUCUCAUGCUUUUGUGUAUACAACAUUUUUAUUAUCAAUAUUCAUGUCUGUUAGUUCACAAAUACAUAUACGAUUCUCAUGUUCUCUGACAGUUUGACCCAAAGAAUACAUAAGCACUGCUAGCUUUUAGUAUUAGGACACAUUAUAAAGGAAACUAACUUAUCUGUAUUUGUGGAUUGGUGACUCUUUGUCCUGUACUUUUGGAUUUGCUAAUUUUUUUUUUUUUUUUUUUUUGUCAUUGGGAGUAAGCUAUAAAUGUAAAUUUGUUAUUCUGAGUUAGAAGAAAUAAGGUUGUUGUGAUUUUUUUUUCGAUACGUAAGAAGAACCAUGUAGUUAAGAGCACUAUCUGUUUCCAUAGUUCUCAUAGGUUAUGAUGUCUUUACCAUUAAUAAUAUGCACAGUAUGCAGUCCCAUCUAGUACAGUUGAAUGGAGAGUUUGCAUUGCAAAGAAGGCUUUACGUAUUUAAAUUUGAAAGUACAAAAUUUUCCAUGUUAGGAGGAUAAAUCUUUAACAUUUAAUUAGGGCUUGUUUCUGGUUAAGUGUAGCAUUUAUGUAUUAACUGAGAAGAAACUUUCUUAGAUGUGCAAAAGUUUUAUGUAAAGGAAACAAAGUAAAUAAAUAAAGAUUAACAGGGGCACAGCACAUACUUUUAAAGAGCGAGUGGUGGGAAAACCCAAAACGAGGAAAAAACCUGAAAUUCAAAUGCAGUCAACACAUUCAAACUAAUUCCAAGCUUUUGUGCUUUUGGCUAAAAUCCUAAUAGAUGAUUUUAAAAUUUUGGGAUUUAUAGAUUGGCUGAGGUUGUUUAUGUGACAAGAGAUUGACUGCAGUUAUUUAUUUUAUAUUUAAAAAUUUUUUUUUUUAUUUAUUUAAUUUUUUUGCAUAGAAAUCAAGUACUACUACAGCUUUGGGCACAUAUAUAGGUACAUAAUCAACUACUGUAUGUACAUAUUACAGUAAUUUUCAUUGGUGUGACAUGAAGUUCACAACUUUGCUUGAUCAGGUUUGAUAAAUGGAUCUUGGUUAUGUAACCGUAAAGGUUGAGAGUUCAACUCCAGCCAAUGCAGCAUAUACAUAGAAGUGUUGAAUUUUGUUUUAAUUCGGGUACUUGCGUCAGUGUUAAUAAUGUUCAUUUAAUUUUUAGAUGGUUUAUUUGUUAAUAGUAAGUAUUACUAUGCCCUUUGGACUGCAUUUACAAACUGGAGUAGUCUUUAGGAAGUAAAACUCCUGUUAGUUUGCUAUUGUCCGGGUGUGGUCAGCUAGUUAUUUCAAAACCCACAUGUGCUAUGCUACUAUGGAGAUUAUAUAUGCAAUGAUUUUCUAAGUACGUACAAUGAAGAUUCACAAAUUAAAAACAAAACAAAGAGAAUAAGUCACUCGCAAUAAAUUUUUAGUUCUAGUCAAUUUGGUCAUGUUAAGGUUUCUCAUUUAAGAGCAUCUUCCCAUCAUGUAUUACUGAUCUCUCUCACUUGAUUUACUCAUUAUAAUUAUCAUGUAAGGUUUCUCAUAUAAGAAGAGCAUCUUCCCACCAUGUAUUACUGAUUUCUCUCACUGGAUUUAAUAAUUAGUGUCCUGCCUCUGAACUGUUUCAAAUUUUGAUAUCUGCCAUUUAGUCUGGUGUUCCAGUUUUUAUUAACCAUCAAACUUUUAACAUUUAAUACAGCAAUCUUUUCUGAAGUUUCUGUAAUUUGCAGACAGCGUGGUUCCUCAGAAAUGAUUAGUUAUCAACAUUUGAUUCCCUUGUUUUGUUGACGGGUAUAAUAACGCAAAAGUUUACAAUUGGCCCUCAGUUUUCCAGAGGUUUUGUCCUAGGAAUUUUUUCCCAAAAUAUUUUUCAAGUACUGUAUACUACAUUAUCUCUUCAAAUUUCACUAAAGUUAAUUGUGUGCAAGUUGAGGAUCGACUACAUAACAGCAUACAAGAAAUACCAAGUGAGAUGGGAAAUGUUAAAUCAUAUAUUUAUAUCUUGGGAAUGUAGUUGACAAAAGCACUGUGACAAGCAAUUAAGCAGGCAUUAUGAAGGCAGAUAAUAUCAGAAAGAAAAUGAAGCAAUUGAAGAUAAUUUCCAAAACAUGAUUAAAGACAGUUUGGGCCCUGUUAGAGUUGAGAAUUUUAUCUCGGUUAUCAUGUUGAACUAAAUGCUGAACAAGAGUAUCUUGUUCUCCCAUGUGUAUCUAGGACAUUACGCUUGCACAUAUUAAAACGCCAAUGUGGGUCAAGUAGUUUGCUCCAAGUUUGCAGAUCCUUAGAGCUAACAUAUGUUUGAAGUUUUUGGAUGACAUUAAGCAGCCCUUUUCCUCUUCAAGAAAAUUCUGUGUUCUUACAGCCUGAUAGAUAUCCUGUCUUGACACAUGUAACAAAACCCAUUUACAAAAAAAUGUUUUGUUCCAUCCAUAUGAUUUUACCCUUCUUCGAUGACAGGUAUGGGAAUUUGUUUAUCUCACUAGAGUUUUAUUACUUACUUUGCAGCAUUUACUUUGUAAGUGGCUGUCAUAUUUUUAUAAAAAAAAUAAUUUUUUUGAGAAAAAAAAUUCUAAGGCAUACUAGUAAGAAACAUUUUUCUGCUAAAGUUAGAAAUCAUAAUUCGUAUGAAACAUGACCAUUGAGAUUUUCCAAAGACAAAACUUUGUAUUUGAAAAAAUUAACAUAUCUGUAAUGUGCCGUAGUCUUGAAUGUUAAAGGUUGGUAAAUUUGUGGUCAUGGGAUAAGGGCAGUAUCAUAAUAAUUACAGUGUCCCUUUUCUUAUAUUUUUCAUGCAUUUAAGAGAAAAUUUAAUUACUAGCAGUAUUUAAACUCUUAUUAGUAGUACAGAGUUUAAUUUAAUUUUAAUAUAGUAAUAUAUUUCAUUUUACUAUGAUAUUCAUAUUUUUAAUACAUAUAUUAAAAUGUAGAAUUCAGGUGGUCACUAAGUUUGUCAUGAUAUCUUUGGUGUUUUAGUACAUCAUAACUUUUUGAUUUGGUUUGAUUAAUUAGAGUUCACUCUUUUUAUCAUUCAGUGAUCAUCACAUAUUAAAAAGUGGUUAUGUGAGUCUUACAAACUGUUUAAGAUUUGAAAAUCAGUUGUACCUGCAUACAGCAAAAUGAACUCCAUGCCUUGGAAAGGUUUGUAACCAAUCAUAUCUAAUUCCAUAGCUUUUUUAUAAGGGUAUUUAAAUUCCAUGUUUCAUACACUGUAGUUUACUUUUUUUCAUAACUGCAUAUGUUUCUUGGAUUCACUCUUAAUCUGUCUAAAGAUUGUUAAUACUCUAAGCAAAAUAUUUGGUUGCCCACAUAUAUAUCAUUGUAACCACAAUCUGUCUAAAGAUUGUUAAUACUAUAAGGAAAAUAUUUGGUCUCCCACAUACGUAUAUCUCAUUGUAACAACAAAUUUCACUUAAUAAUUUUUCCAGAAGGUUAACUAUAGUCAGAGAAUGGAGGUCUCAAAACUUGUGGAUAAAAGCUUUUACUGUAUAAAAUAGUAUGUAAAUUUACUCUGACAGAACUAUGAUUAAACUUUGGCAUAAGCUAGGAAAUAAUGGUAAAUGCAUCAAUGAUUUUUGUUUGAUGGGGAGCCUACUCCAACUGUUAUUAUUUAUGUGCAUACUAAUACUACUGUUAAAUUGUUUAAAUAAUGUAGCUGAAUUACUGUGUUCCAGUUAUAGAAACUGCAGUAGACCCUUUGUAUUCUGGGGGAUGAGUGCCAGACCCCCCACAAAUAGCUAAAAUCUGCAAAUACUUAAAACCCCCAAAAAUGCUUAAGAGCUGCCAAUUUUUGUAGUUAAAACACACACAAAAAAAAAAAAAAAAUGCUUAUACCUGAGUAUUUUAAUAGUUGUAUCACAAAAAGUACAUUUUGUCAUGAAAAUUAUAAUGAAAAUACAGUUAUUUAUGAAUAUUUCUGUAAAAAAUACCAUGAAUAGGCAAAUAUUCAGCAAAUACUAAUGGGUAACUAUGGUCCAUAGAAAAAUCCACAAAUAGGUGAAUCUGUGAAUCGUGAGUCCACGAACAGCGGGGGUCGACUGUACUUGUUUAUAUACAGUAUACUGAUGUAUUCCAAAACUGCCUCUCGAGAAGCCUUGCAAGGCAGUGUUUGCCAUACAUCAUCAUUGGUGAAUGACAAUACAAAACCAUGUAUAUAUUUUCAGUGUUAGGAAAUGAGCGAUACUGGAUUCUUUAGUUAUCCCCAAGGAAAUUUGAUAAUUUUUGGGACCAUUUCUAGCAAACUAGUUUACUUGUACAUAUUAAUCUCACAGGUUUUACUGUUGUACAUUAUGUCCAUAUUUGUAGUUUAUGCAAUACUAAGCUAGGCAUCUGGACAUUUCUAAAGUGGUUAGUCAGAGUUGUUUUAGAUUUUUUUUUUUUUACACCCUGUAAAUGAACUUGACAGCCAAGUUGAACUAGUAUUAUUAUAAUUGCUGCUUUGAAGAUCCUGCAGUGUUAUUGUGAUAUUUAUUCCUUCUGAGAAGUGAUGUGUGGUACUUGUGAAUUUUGAGGUAAAGGUAUAUUCAUCCUAUAUAAUUUUCUCUGAGAAAUUGUGCUUUUGCACGGAAUGUAGUAGUUUUUAAGUAUUCUACAGUAUACAUAUGUUGCUGUGUAACUAGUAAAUUCAGUGAUUUUAUGAUUCUGAAUUUAUAAUAGGCUGCUUUGUUGUGCUACAGUGGAGUAAUAAAAAGGAAUGAAUGGUGAUUUUGUGUGUGUAUAAAUAUGCCUAUCGAGUGCAAUCAUUAUAGUGAUUUUAACAUUUUAUGAAAAUGAUUCUUUGCCAUUUAUCCUUUAUACAUAAGAGGUGUUCAAGCCUUAUUUAAAAUAUCAAAGGAAUCAGUGCAUAAACAGUUCAGUGUUUGUAUCUGUUAAUUAUAUUUGUGGUUCCAUAAAGAACUAGAUAUACAUAUAUAACAAAUUUUUAAAUUGUAAAUACUGUAAAUAGUAAGUACUUUGUAAAAUAAAGCAAUUGCUCACCUAAUUUUACUUCUUAAAAUGUUUUUCACAGUUUUUUUUUUUUUAGUUUAAAUACUCUCCAUCACAAACUUUGGUAAGCAUCAUUAUUGUAACAAAGCAUGAAUUCUUACAAAACCAUAUGGUUUUGAAACUGCAUAAAAUGACUACUUGCACAAAAAGCAAACUAAAGUGACAAUUACUCACAAUCUUGAAUAUGUAGUCUAGUCUGACUUGCCAUUGCAUAUUAAGCUUACAUUCAUUAUAUAAAAGUCUCAUUAGUUGCAACAAUGGAAAACUAUUUGUUAUCUGGUUAAAUUUAUAGAAUAGAAUUUGCUAUCACAAGAUUUGACUAAAUGUAACUACUAAAAUAUGUAAAGCUCUUUCAUGACAGUUCAUGAAACAAUGUUUGUGAGACAAUUCAGAAAGGUGUCUGGGUUAUAUGUAAAACACCAAUAUUGAGUGAAUUUAAAGAACCAUAAAUUACUAAUUGUUCUAAUAUGCAAACCAUUGGUCUUUACAUACUGGAUUUGCUUUCAGUGCAAGCUGGAACCAGCUGUUUAACUUAAAACAAGUUGGACAUUGGUAGUUGGCUACCAACAGAAGGGGAGGAAUCCAUCCCCACAUCCAGUUGGUAGGCAUUCACUUUACUUUUAGGCUGCAUCUGAGGCAGAUAUGUCUUCUUCUGCCUGCUGUUGACUUAAAAAAAAUUUAGCUAGAAUAAAAAAUGAUAUAUUUUGCCUAUUUUGAAAUAAUGCAACAAGCUAUAUGUAUUAUGUUACAUUUUGUUAUUUUCGCUCUUUCUUGCUUCGUAGUUUUCCAACACAGCUAUGCUACGGAGUUGUCUUCAACUUGUUUUAACCUAUGAGCCUUUUUCUUAAUUCUCUCUCUUGGUUUUGCCUUGUUGAUAUAAUGCAAACCCAGCUUGGUCUUAGCCUUGGUGUUAGUUCUUUUUAAUUCUGUUAUAUCUUUUUUUCUAUUACAAACCCAAGGAGAGAGACCUGGCUCUCGCAUACCAACCAUUAAAUUUUUUUGAAAUUUCAAUCUCGUUUUAUCAAACAUCCUAAUUCUACAUCUAUUUCUGUUUUGUUCUGAAGUGUUUUCUCUCUUAACAAGCAGUUUUGCUUUUGACUAUAAAAUUACCUAGAAUGUUGUAAUGUUUUAGUCUUUCAGAUAUAGAAAUUGAGAGAUAUCAGGACAGUGGUGGUUUCAUAACCAUCGUAUGAGACCUUUGCUUGCCAACCAGCAUGGAUCUCCCCCUCUUGACACGAGGAAGAAGUGGAGGUUGAUGUUUGCAGGACCUUUUGACAGAGUUUCUGAUCUCAAUGAGUUGUUGCCAGGACCUGUAGUUGUUUUUUCUCUCUUAUUUUUUUAUUUUGAUUAUUAUUUUUUUUUUUUUUUUGUGGGGGGGGCCAGGUUCCCCCAGCCAAUUUUACGCUCCCUCCCCUCCUUUCAUUCCUGUUUUGAAGGGCAAGAAGCACCAGGAAGCUUUCCUGGAUGAAAUUCCUUUGCCUCCCUUGCCCUUUUCGUCAUCAUUUGCUGUGUCACAGUUUUUCUAUCUUCUUACCCUUCUAAAGAAUUUGGGUGGAAGAAUACAUUGUAACUGGAGAAAGACUACUCACCAUCAGAGGUGCAGCCAAUGAAAAGAGUUCAUCUAGUCAUAUUUCAGUUUGGUUGUGUGUAUGCUUCUAAGGGAUGGUUAGCAAACUGUCACAUGCUGGACAGGUGUGCAUGCAGGUAUUCUAGAUGGCAGAGUACAUAUCCUGUCUAAUCUAACUCCUACCCUCUCUCUAGCAAGGGGAUAGAGGGACUGACAAUGAACAGAUCUGUUGGUUAUCUUCAGCUUUAUUGUCCUCAAUAUUCCUCCCCUUCCAUUGGUAGCCAACAACCAGUAUCCACCUUGUUUUAUGCUGAAAGUAAAUCCCCUAUGUAAAGACCUCAGAAAAAAUACAAAUUACUUAAAUUUUUGUCAUAUUCACUCUAUACCAAUUAGUUUAAGAAGCCAAAAGGUAUUAAGACUUGAUAGUAUUUCUUCGUCUCUAGAACAAGAAAAUUAAUUUAGAAUUUAUAGUUGGUCAAACAUAUAAGAAGACAGUGUUUGGAAGCCUGCAACUGUCAUGAAGCAUUGCCAUUUUUUAUUCUAACUAAAUUUUUCUGGGGUAUCUCCCCUUCUUCAUAUAAUCAUUAUUUUGUAUUAAUAGAUUUUGUUGAAAAUAGGGAUAGUACUAAUAAAAAUAUGCUGCUACUUUUCUUUAUUCUGCUUGUAGUGCUAAUAUUAUUAUAAUUUUACAUCUUGUCUUAAAAGAUUGUUCAUAAUAUAGUAUUUUGGAAAAUAUUAAACACUAUUCAUACAAUGAGGAGGAUAAAUGUUGCAACGUUGGUUCACUUUCCAAACCUCCUCCUUAGACCAGUAUGUUUACUGGACUUGCUCAUGGCAAGACAGUAAAAACAUUCAGAUUAAUAAGAGUGCACAAUGGUAAUUAAUUCAUAGUAAAACUAUAUAAAACAUUCAGUGAUCAAACAACACAUCACUGUGACAAACUUUUCAGUUUUAGCACCAUACAACAUGCAUCUUUUGUUAAAUCGUAUUCUAAUCAAUAAGCCCAGUAAAUGGUCUUACAAAACAAUUUUCCUUGUUCAGUGCAUUGCUCCCUUUGUUAUUUCGAAUAUUCUUUGAACUGUAUUAUGCUUUUGUUAUCAUUUGUGUUAUCCAUUUUAAAGUUAAGACUUCAUACUGUAACUUUAGUCAGAAAACUGUACCUUCUCUAAACAAUUAUAUAAAAAUAUUUUGUCUACUUGAAAGUGCCAUACAUUUACUUCAUGUCACAGUAUGGAAUGUUUCUUAGACAUGACUUCUAUCAAAUGUUCUACUAUAACUAGGUUGCUGUAAAUCUGAAAGACUGUUAGGUGUUAUUUCCAUCGAAACUAGGAAAAGCAACAGGUUUAUCUUAGUAUAAUAAUAAGCCCAGUCUCAGUGACUUUCAUAUUGACAGCAAAAAUAUUGUAUAUGUGAUAAAAUGUUAUAAAAUUUGUAAUAAAUGUUUUAAAUUAAAA